GUCGGUGCUACGUGCAACUUGCAAGAACGUCAUUGAAACUUGUGUUGCUGGACGGGGCACGAAAUGUUUUCCCACGAGAGUUCCGGACCCCAGUUAUGAACUCAUUUGCAUACAGCCCAUCGGAACUCAACUAUCAAACUAAUUUAUGAGCGCAUAACAAGUGAUGGGCGAUAAGAUAAGGUCACUUGGGAUCAACCUCAUCAAAAAUCAGGAGGUUCUGACUCCUGUUAAGACAGUGAAACCUGUAGACCAUGUAAACUAUGAUGCAGGAGCUGAUCUUCUUUACAAGUAUCAGUUAUUAUGGAAAGAUAUACAAAAAGCCAAUGAAGAAAAUGCCAAGAAAGCUGAGUCAUUGGACCGUGAAAUCCAAAUUAUAUAUGGUGAUAUAAAAAAGAACUGUAACAAUUUAACUGGAUUUUAUAGAGAAGUGAAAAGUCUUCCAAGUUUCUUGGGUGUUUUGCAGAACUUGACUGAUUUAUUGGCUUGCUUAGAAGAGAGUUGUGAUUCAGUUGAGUCAGCCCUUGUGCGAUUGGAGAAUGUUAGCGAAACCCAGGAACUGAAACAACAUAUGCAAUCACACACAGACCAACUCAAUAAUUAUAGGAGAAAGAAAGAAGAAGAAUUGAAAAGAUUAGCAUCUCAAAAGAACAUAGAACUUGCAAUCCAAGCUGAGAAAAAGGUAAAACAGAAGCAGGAUGUACUGCGUGAAAGAUCAGAAACAUUUGAAGAAGCAUUCCAAAAUGACUUAGAUUAUUAUCGUACACAUGGCCAUAUGAACAGACUUCCAAAUGGUGAAGGAACAAAGAACCUGGAUCUUAGUGAUAUUACACUGGACCAAGAUGAAUCUGGUUUGGCAGCAUUUUUAGCAUCCACUGAAGUAACUCCUUGUAGUGAGAAGGGACUUCUUGGCAUAUCUUUCUCCUCUAAUGUAGCAGGAGACAUUACUUCUCCUUCAGAUGUUGACCUUUUGACCCCUAUGACACCAGGCAGUGAGUGGGGAGCUGCUGAUGAAUCAUCAGCAUACAGUGAGACCGAAGGGGAAAACCAACCACCAAAGUCCGAUAAUUCACAAUCUGUUAAUCCAGAGGCUGAUGAAUCUGUGACAGAUCACUCUACUGGAGAUGAAGAUGCAAAUCUACAAACUAACCCAGCUUUAUGUAAGACAGAGACCUUUCAAAAUGAGGAUUCUGUAAAUUCUAACAAAUGAUUCCAUGCAGAAUUUGCUAAGACUGAAUUUGUUUCUUUUCAUUUAACAAUAUUAAAUAUUUCUGAAAUUAAAACUGUCAUUAAACAGUACAGUUAAUAAACUAAUACAUAUCAUGCAUCCACA